AUGGUGACGGAACCAAAAUUAAAGAAAGCGAAGUUAGAGCAUCCACCAGAAAAUAGUAAGACAUCCCUAGAUGAUUUAUUUAUUGAGUUGGACUCAAAUAGCAUGUCACAGGUAAGAAUUGAAGACGAAUUGCUUGAUGCCGAGAUUUCAAAGGCUUUAGCAUCAAUUAAUGAGUACAAUACCAACCCAUCUACCUCUUCAUCUCCCGAAGAUUUAUCUCCAUUUGAUUCACCGAACAUAGUAUCAUCAUCCAGCGAUCUUAGUAACCAGGAAAUACACGAGGGGCAACAAAAAGGAGAAGGAAGUAACGAUGACAAGAGACCAACUGUCCAGAUACCACUCACCAGCAUGGCAUUCGAAGCACCCACUGUAAAUAUGGACACAAUUUCUACGAUUAAAUCGAAGAUGUUGGACACCAGUAGGUUCAUUUCCACCUUCACUACCUUAAAAGCUACCUAUCUCAAACUUUGCAAAGAGUUUAACUACUUGUUAACGAAGUUUAAUGAGAAUGAAAGGAUUAAAAUUGAGUUAAUUCACGAAAAUAACGAGCUUAAGAAGUUAUUAACUCAAAUUAUUACUGAGAGAGAACUUGAAAGGAAGAAAAAUAGUCGGAAGAGAGAUUUUCAAAGCGUAGCAUAG